AUGGUCCUUCAGGAUCUCGGGCGGCGAAUCAACGCCGCUGUCAAUGACCUGACUCGCUCCAACAAUUUGGACGAGAAGGCCUUUGAUGACAUGAUUAAAGAGAUCUGCGCCGCUCUGCUUUCCGCCGACGUCAACGUUCGCCUGGUCCAGUCCCUCCGCAAGUCCAUCAAGUCCAGCGUCAACUUUGCCUCUCUUCCUGCCGCCGUGAACAAGAAGCGUUUGAUUCAAAAGGCCGUUUUCGAUGAGCUAGUUUCCCUGGUUGAUCCCCAUGCGGAGCCCUUCCGUCCCAAGAAGGGCCGCUCCAACGUGAUCAUGUUCGUCGGUCUGCAGGGUGCCGGUAAAACCACCACUUGUACCAAGCUGGCCCGCCACUACCAGAUGCGCGGCUUCAAGACUGCCCUCGUCUGUGCCGAUACCUUCCGUGCUGGUGCUUUCGAUCAGCUGAAGCAGAAUGCCACCAAAGCCAAGAUCCCCUACUACGGUAGCUUGACGCAAACCGACCCCGCCAUUGUGGCAGCCGAGGGUGUGGCCAAGUUCAAGAAGGAGCGUUUCGAAAUCAUCAUUGUCGAUACUAGUGGUCGUCACAAGCAGGAAGAAGAGCUCUUCACCGAAAUGACCCAGAUUCAGACCGCCGUCACCCCCGACCAGACCAUUCUCGUCCUCGACAGCACCAUCGGUCAGGCUGCCGAAGCCCAGUCCUCUGCCUUCAAGGCCACCGCAGACUUCGGAGCCAUCAUCAUCACCAAGACGGAUGGUCACGCCGCAGGUGGUGGUGCUAUUUCCGCCGUCGCUGCCACCCACACCCCCAUCAUCUACCUCGGUACCGGUGAGCACCUGAUGGACCUGGAACGCUUCGAGCCAAAGGCCUUCAUCCAGAAGCUGCUGGGUAUGGGUGAUAUGGCCGGACUGGUGGAGCACGUACAAGCCGUGACCAAGGACUCGGCCUCCGCCAAGGAAACCUACAAGCACAUCUCAGAAGGUAUCUACACGCUGCGUGACUUCCGCGAGAACAUCACCUCCAUCAUGAAGAUGGGACCCCUCUCCAAGCUCUCCGGCAUGAUUCCCGGUCUCUCCAACCUGACUGCGGGUCUCGAUGACGAAGACGGCUCCAUGAAGCUCCGUCGCAUGAUCUACAUCUUCGACAGUAUGACGGCCGCCGAACUCGACGGCGACGGCAAGAAUUUCGUCGAACAACCCAGCCGCAUGGUCCGUAUCGCCUGCGGAAGCGGUACCACCGUCCGUGAAGUGGAAGACCUGCUCUCCCAGCACCGCAUGAUGGCCGGCAUGGCCAAGCGUGUCGGCGGACAGAAGAAGCAGAUGCAGCGCGCCCAGAACAUGCUCAAGGGCGGUAACAAGGAGCAGCAGCUCGCCGCCAUGCAGAAGCGCAUGGCCGCAAUGGGUGGUGCCGGCGGUGGUGGAUUCCCCGGUAUGCCCGGCAUGGGCGACAUGGCCAAGAUGAUGCAAAUGCUGCAAGGUCAGGGAGGUGGAGGCGGCGGUGGUCUGCCCGGUCUAGGUGGAAUGGAUCUACAAAGUAUGAUGAGCCAGAUGAGUGGGUUGAUGGGCGGUGGCGGUGGUGGUGGUGGUGGAGGCCGCGGUAGAGGACGGUGA